AUUUAACAGGAAAUGAUAAAAAUAUGCCGUGAAAUUUCAAACAAAAAGCGAAAACAAACAACAUUUUUGAUCUUUUCUUAAAAAACUCAAACCCUAUUUAUUGAAUAAAUAUUUUUUGAAAGCAUGGUAACGAACGAAAAAUUCCAGAAACUUCUUUACCCCCACCACUCUUCCUCUCUCUCUUCUCAAAACUUUUUUUAAAAAAAAUCAUAUUAGAAAUAUGUAAUUAAAUCAGAAUUAGAAUGAAUUCAAUGAAAAUGAUUGGAUUUGAUUUCAUUAUAUUCAUUAGUUUAAUUAUGAAUGAAAUUGGAUUCUGUAUGAUAAUGGAUAAUUAUUCAAUGAAUAAUCAAAGUAAAUUACAUAACCCAAGCAAAAUGUAUCGAUAUGGUGUGUUUCGACAGACAUCUUUACUUGUUUGUCUUCCAGACCUUAUGCAAUUACAUUGUCCAACACAUAUGUAUAUUAGAACAUUAGAAAUUGAAGUGUUUCAUAGUUUUCAAACAACUCAAGAACCAGAAUUCAUUAGUCCAAGUUGUUCAUUUAAAACAAAUCAACCUGAAAAAAAGAGAAAACAUGAAUUAAACAUAAAACAAACCAUAGAAUGUAACAAUAAAUUGAACAUAGUUAAAAUGAUUAAACAAAUGUGUGAAGGAAGAAAAAAUUGUGAACUACAUAUAUCUCAAUUAAUACCUAAUUUAACUCAAUGCUCCGAAGAAAAUAGUUCUAUUCUUAUUAAAUAUCAAUGUUUACCUGAUCUUGAUUCAGCUUUAUCUGAAGCAAUCUGUACAGAUACAUAUAUGGAAGUAAAAUGUAAUACAGAACGUUCUAUAAAUACACUUGUUAUAUUGAAUGCGAAAUUUGAAAAAGAAAUUAAAUUAUUUGAUAGUAGUUCAACUUAUGAAUGUCCAAUUGUUCCAACUGAGAUACCAAUUGGAUUAUCAAACAAUGUAUGUUCAUCCACAAUAGAUAUUACUGAUUAUUUGAGCAGUUCAUGUGAUGGGCAUAGUACUUGUUCAGUUAAUCCAAAUACUAUUGAUUUAUCAAUGAAUAAAAUACAAAAAUGUGGAAAAAUGCAUCUUAGUUUAGUUUAUGUUUGUGUACCACCGGAACUAAUUAUAACAAAACAUUUUAUAGAUACAAAUAAUGAACGACAUACUGAGAAACAAAAAACAAAUCAAAGACAACCUAAAGAAAUUCAAACUGUACGUCAAGGUAACAAAAUUCACACGUUAAAUCCAUCUGAUGUAUCAUCUUAUGAGAAGAGUCAACUAUCAUUGAUCAAAACGGAUAUUGAACAAAAUAAGAAGAAACUUUUCAUAGAUCCAAGAAAGUCAAUCAAUAUACAAAUGAAUACAAGAACAAAUGAACUAUUAUAUAAACAUCAAGAACCAUAUAUACAAUCCAUCAAUCCAUCUCUAUUACAAUCCUUAUUAAUUGGUAUUGGUAGUGGUUUAUUAAUCCUAUUCAGUAUACUAUUUAUCAUUAUAUUAUUAUAUCGUAAAUAUCAUCAAAGACGAACUACUGAAAUCAAAUCGAAAUCAAAUAAAUGUUCAACAAUAUGCUUUUCUCAUACAAAUGAUGAUUGGUCAACAAUCAAUUCAAAUCUAUUACAUAAUACAUCUUCUAGAUUAGAGAUACCUAUAACAAAUGAUAUAAAAUGUUUAUGUUCUAUAUGUAAAUUACCAAUUAAUUCAUAUUCUAUAAUAAAUGAUAUACAUAAAUAUCAUAAUGAACAUUGUCAAUGUCAUAUAAAUACGAAUAUAUCAGGAAAUAUAAAUCAUUGUAAUGUAAAUCAUGAGCAUUAUGAUGGUAAAUCAUGUUGUAUAACAGGACAUCAUCAGAAUAUAUCUGAUUUAUAUGGUAUGAAAAUAAUAACACCUACAUUAAAUCAGUCACCAUGUAUAUUCAAUGUAUGUCCAUUAGAUAUAUCAAAUGAUAUAAACUCUACUUUACUUCCACUUAAUACAAAUACAAUGAAUAGUGAAAAUUCUAAAAAUACAAUAAAUGAUUAUAUGCCAACAAUUACAACAACAACAACAAUAACAACAACAUCAUUAUCAUUAUCAUCAACACCAUCAUCUAUCAAUAGUAUUCAUUAUGAAUAUCACAGAUCAUCUUCAUUAGAUCAUAAAUUUCAAUCAAAUCAUAUUUAUAAUACAAAUUAUAUCAAUACAUCACAAUCAAUUAAUAGUAAUUCAACAAGAUAUGGUUAUGAUAUAAACAAUGAAAUAAAUGAUCAUCAUGAUGAAUGUCUACUUAAAUUCAAUCAUUAUCAUAGAUUAUUAAAAUGUGAUCGAAAAAUCGAUUAUGAUCAUAUAAAUGAACAUCGAUUACGUAAUAAUAAUAAUAAUAAUGAUAUUAAUAAUAAUAUUAUUAUAACCGAUCAUUGUCCAUAUGAAAUGAAAACAAUUCCAUCUGAAAUAAUCAAUAAAGAAAUGAUCCGAUCACCAUCGAAUAAUCUCACCGAUCAAAUUAAUAUUGAUAAUUGUAUUGAAUCAUUUAAGAAAUAUAAUGAAAAUAAAUCAAUUUAUGAAAUCAAUUCAUCGAUUCAAUCAACAUUACAACGAAAGGAGAUAAAUCCUCAAGAAUAUGGAUGUAAUAAUAAUAGUAAUAAUAAUAAUAAUAUGUAUUUAUUAAAGAAAGUAAAUGAUAACCACCACCACCACCAACAACAACAACAACAAUUACAUAAUGAAAAAGAAAUAAAUCAACAAAUCAAUAAAAAAGAAAGUAAACAAUUCCUAAUUCAUGAUCCCAUUUCAAGAUGUAAUUCAUCAUUAGAUAAUGAAUCAAUUGAAAGUCUUGCAAUAUCAUUAAUUGAUCCACCACAAAAUUUUCGUACAUCUAUUAAUGAAUUACAUUUAAUUAAUAAUAAUAAUCAUAAAUCAUCAAUGAAGGUAACAAUAACACCAACACAUAAACCACCGGAUGUAAUUUUAAAAAGUGGUAAUUAUCAUGAUGAAAUUGAUUUAGAACGACCACCUCCAAAAAUGCCACCAUUAAGAGGUAUAUUAACUAAUAGAUCUAUUAUAACUGAAAGAAAUACUGCAUUUUAAUUUAUUUCUUCUCUUUUGUUCAUAUCACCAUAUAUAUAUAUUCAAGUACUAAUGUAAUAAUGUAUUAUUAAUAACCAACUAUAGAAUAAUAAACUACUUAUUGUCUAUAAAUUCAUAACAAACUUGAAAUAAUAAACAUCAUUCAGCGUUGUACAUGUUAAAUAUGAUUAUGAAAAUAUUACUAAUUAUGUUAAUUAAUUGAUUAUUAUUUUUUGUUGUUGUUGUUGAUAUUUCUUAAUCUCAGAAAGGGAUUCUGUGGAUAUCAUAGUAAUUUUAAUAGUUCAGAUCAUGAGUCAUGUGAAGUUAGAUACUAUCAUGGAAAACCUGGAAGCAGUGAACGGUCAUUUUGUACAAGUAUGGGAAUCCACAGCAGUGCUCAGUCACGAUCUCACCUUGUGGGAUUUGAACUCAAGAUCUAUUGGUCUCGAGCGCAAACACUUAACCAACCUCCAGACUACUGAGGAUCCAUCAGAAUCCAAUGGUGUUAAUGUGUAACAUUAACUAAUCCACGAAAUUGCGCCACCUUCUACCAUUAUCAUCAAUGAGUUACUAUCUUACAACAGAUUCGGUUGAGCUCUACUGCUCAUCAUUUCUCAUUAGAACUAGAGGAAAUACUUCUUGAAGCCAGUCACUGUUGUUGGAUAGUAACUCACUGAGGACAAUGUUGGAUGUGUGGUUCAAUUUCGUGGAUUGGUUGAAGUUAGAUUAUGAACACCACUGAAUUUUGGCCGCAUCAAUGAUAUAGAGGUUAGACGUUCGCACGCGAGACUGAUAGGUUCUGGGUUCGAAUCAUGCGAGGUGGCAUAGUGGUUGUACAAUGUUGAGGAGUCUCAUACUAGGAUAGAACCACUGUACAGUGCCUGCAGGUUUUCCAUGGUAGUCUAGCUUUAAUUAACUCAUGAAUUUAACUACAAAAUCUCUUAAUUUAUUAGUGAUUCUGUUAAAUGAACCAAUUUGUUAGCAUUUUUGCCGUUGUUGUUGUUGUUGUCAAGUGUAAAUGAAUAAGAUCAUUGUAAUAUGUUUGUUUGUAAAAAGAGGGUUAUAUUGUUUAUUUAAAAUUUGUAAGUAUCACUAUUAACGUGUGUCUUGAUAAUUUCAAAUAAACUGAGUACUGGAUCGA